AUGGACUUUACUGACUGUAGUCAAAAUGACUAUUAUAAUCUCAUACUCCAGGCGGCUUGCGGAGGAGCCCAUUCAAACAUUUUGCAACCUGCUUCAGACUUCAAUGUUGCGAUGAAAGCUCAAGACUCUCUUGAGCCCAGUGCUGGAGACCACAACCUCGGAAACGAGAUUGCGGUGGUUUCUGAGGUUGCAGUGUCCAAACAAGAUUGCGACGCACAAGUCCACGCUGUACAGACGAACUCAUUAGUGAACGGCAUUUUCUCUCCCAGCACACACCCUAGUCCUCCUGGUAUCUACGAUGGUCUUUCGGGCCGCAUUUUCAAUGGACCUCCUCCUGGUGUUGGAAACGGUCCUUCUCCCGGUAUUUACAAUGCCACUGCUGCUCAAAUUUGCAAUGCUCCUGCUCCUGCUCCUGGCGCAUACAACACUCCUGCUCCUGGCGUUUAUGACGCCGCUGCUCCUGGCAUUUACGACGCUGCUGCUCCUGGCAUUUACGACGUGACUGCUCCUGGCGUUUACGACACCGCUGCUCCUCACGUUCACGACGUGACUGCUCCUGGCAUUUACAAUGGUCCCCAGAGCAUUUUCAAUAAUUGGUCUGGUGUCUAUGGUGCUGGGCUUUACGGUCUACCUAGUGUUUAUGGUGCUGGGCUUUACGGUCUACCCGGGGCUUAUGGUCCUGGGCUUUACGGUCCACCUGGAAUUUACAGUCCAUCUGGCGUUUACGGUGCUGGGUUUUAUGGUGCUGGUGUUCAUGAUCCAGAUGUCUAUAACCCUCCUCAAGCUCACGGUCCUGGUAUCCAUAUCCAGUAUGGUACUCCUGCUCGCAGCCAUGGUCUCAACCGUUACCAUCCCUACCAGCUGACAGCACGCCAGUCAAGCUCUCGCACUUCCUUGAGUAUGUCAUUCUUUCGAAUCCCUUGA